UCUGUGCUGAGUGUAAUGUCAGAUUUCAUCUGUGGAGGAACUGAGAGGAAGGACAGUCAUGAGAAGCAGUCGUUCAGGAACACCAGUCUGAGAAACAACAAGAUUCUGUUCAGGUCAUUUCCUGGUGAUAAUCAAUGAUCCAGUACAACUGUUCGUCUCCAGACUCGCUGUACGCAGCUGUGAAUGCAUCAUGGUGCUCCACCAGAGAGGACGAAUGUCACAUCAGAACGGUGAACCAGUCCGACCUCUGUCUGAGCCGCCGUGCUUUCCUGGAGAAGAACCUGGGCCCUUGCCGCUCACCCUUCUUCCUGCCUAUGUGCGUCACCUACCUGCUCAUCUUUGUAGUCGGCGUGCUGGGCAACAGCCUGACUUGUAUAGUCAUCGCCCGUCACCGUGUGAUGCGCACAACCACAAACUACUACCUGUUCAGCUUGGCCAUUUCUGACCUCCUCGUGCUGUUCCUUGGUCUACCACUGGAGCUUUAUGAACUCUGGAGCAACUAUCCCUUUCUGUUUGGCAUCGCUGGCUGCUACUUCAAAACCUGCCUGUUCGAGACGGUCUGCUUUGCCUCUGUGCUAAACGUGACCGCCUUGAGCGUUGAGCGCUACAGAGCGGUGGUGCAUCCUCUGCAGGCCAAACACAUGGCAACGCAAGCUCAUGCCAAGCGCGUUAUCCUUGUGCUAUGGGCUGUCUCACUCUUGUGUGCCUUGCCCAACACCAGUCUGCAUGGUGUGGAUAUGUUAAAACCCCGUUUUGGACUCACUUUCCCCGAUUCGAGUGUGUGUACCCUGGUGCAUGAUAGGUGGAUCUACAACUGGCUGGUGCAGGUGACGGCUCUGCUGUUCUUCAUCCUGCCGAUGCUGACCAUCACUGUCCUGUAUGUGCUGAUCGGCCUGCAGCUGCAUCGAGAACGCCAGUGUUUUGAUUCACAGAUUGGGCUCAAUCAAGAUGGGGUAAAUCAGAGGGCACGCCAUGGGCAAGUCACAAAAAUGCUCUGUGCAUUGGUGAUUGUGUUUGGAAUCUGCUGGGCCCCGUUUCACAUCGAUCGUGUCAUGUGGAGCUACAUUGAUGAAUGGACUGCAGAGAACCACUAUGUCUUUCAGUAUGUGCAUCUUCUUUCUGGAGUCUUCUUCUACUUGAGCUCAGUGGUCAAUCCCAUCUUGUAUAACCUCAUGUCUUCACGCUUCAGAGAAAUGUUCCGUGAUGUGGUGUGUCAAAAAGACCGUCGUAAGCUCUCAAUAAUUCCAUAAGAAGCCAAAGCAUCAAGUUUUACAUGUCACCAACCAACACACAGACUGAAAGUCAGACUGGAACAACGUAUGCAAGUGGAGCGGAGAGACAGAGAUUCCCCAUUUCCACUGAAAAACACUGAUUUCCAAAAAAACGCAGCACUGAACACAAAGUCUGGAACACAGCAAACACUACAGUGAAACACCGUUCAUCCUAACAGUCAAACAUAAGGACUGGAACUCUAAAAUAAAUCACAGAAUGUUACAAUAUAUCUAAGUCUACAUACACUGUAUAGAUGUAAAAUGUUUAGAUAAAGAUACACCACAAGAUUAUUAUAAAAUGAUUUGAAAAAAUAAAAAAUAAUUAAACUGACCCUAAAUGUUUGAAUAGUGUAGAGAAAUCUCUACUCACCAAGGCAGCAUUUAUUUGAGCAAAAACAGUAAUAUUCUGAAAUAUCACACUUUUACUUUCAUUAUUUUCAAGUGUACUUUAUUCCUGGUGAACGUUGAAUUUUCAGCAUCAUUUCUCCAGUCUCACAUGGUCCUUCAGAAAUCAUGAUGCUGCUUAUGAAACAUCUUUGAUUAUUGGAUUUCAGGAUUCAAAGAUAAAUAGAAAGUUCAAAGCAAUCGCAUUUAUUUGAAACAUUAUGAAAGUUUUUACAGUAAUCGUUGGUCAGUGUAUUGCAUCCUUUUAGAAUAAUGAACCAUGUCUUGUAAAACACACUUGUGUAUGACACAGAGUAUAAUUGAUAGAGAUUGUAAAUCUCACAUUUUUCCAGUAACCAAGCAAGUUUCCCAUCAUCUUCACUGUCUGUAUAAUCUACUAUAAUGAUGCCACAUUUCGCAUCUUUGUGACUAUGUGAUGUGAUGAGGUUAUAUAUAUGCAUUAUAUACAGUAUGUUUAUGUUUGUUGCAAGUUGUAUUCCACGUGUGUAAAAAUGACCAUUCCUUGUGGUCUCAGCCAUUCAAUGACUUCAGGACGUCACAAUCACAGUGAAUGUGAAAUGUAUUCAGAAUAUAUGAAUGAUAUACUAAAAAUGAGCUAUGGAUUUAUUCAUUUCACUGAUUAUAUCAUGAGACUUUGUCAAUGGCAUAAAUAAUGCAUACAUUUAUAUAUUAUUUGAAAUAAUGUAUAUAUGUCUAUUAGCCAGAUCUGGAGGGUAAGAACAAUAUAGUUUUGUCAGUAUCUUCUGUUGUUAUUCAUGUUCUUGUUUUUGCAUGCUUUUUCAAUUAUGUAUUGUUAAAUAUCAUCCUCAUGUUUAUUUCACCGCUUUUAAUUUAUUCAGCCAUUGUUUUGGUUUAACAAUUAAUUAUGGAUUCUCAUAUCAAAACUAACAUUUUAAAUGCAUUAUCCAUUAAAAACAACAGAGAAAUCAGUUGUCAUUGUUAUAGUACUGAUUGUAUUAAAGUUCAUAUUUUACUGGGAGUUUCUUCUUUAUAUCUGGCCUGCUGUUAAAAGAAAAAUGAGGAAAAUGUCACCAGUAGGAUAAUUAAACCAAGAUGUAAUUUGAAUAAACUAUUCAAAUCUGAUUGGAUGCAUCAGAAUGAUGAUUCAAUAUUAAUUUAAUAUAUCUAUAUUCAUAUUUAACAUUCAGUUUAUUGAAUAUAUUUGGAAAGUAAAACAUGCAGCUAAUAGAUUUAGAAAAGUGGCUCUUUUGGCAUAAAGCAUCAGAAUUCACACCACACAGACAGUAUUGAUCAUCUAUACUCUUUCAUGUGUAUGAAUCAUGCUUUAUUCCGA